AUGCACGUCCGAGAAUUCAACCCGAAGCGCGCAGAGUGGGCGGGCGAGAAAUUUCCUCUCCAUGUUCGUUCGCCGACAGAAAAUUCAACUCCAUCCUCCAUCGGCGUCCGGUGCUUCGCACCGGACAGAUUUACCUGUCCGGGGCGCGGGCACCGCAGCACCCACGUAGUCGGCGCCAGUGUACCUGUUAACAAUAAUAAUCCGAUAAAAGUUUUCAAUUCUUCCACAGUCAGCUCCUUCCAGGAGGCUAGUGCUGCAUUUCUCCAAAUGGCGAUCGGUAACGCUCCUUGGCCCAUUGGAGUUACCAUGGUAGGUAUCCACGCUCGUACCGGUAGAGAGAAGAUCUUUUCUAAGAACGUGGCCCACGUGAUGAACGACGAAACGCAGCGAAAGUACAUACAAGGUUUGAAGAGAUUGAUGACCAAAUGUCAAGAGUUCUAUCCCACCGAUCCGUCUAGAUGUGUUGAAUACCAAGCUUUUGGAAAACCUGAGGCGUCGACUAGCGAAUAA